AUGGAAAAAGGUUCGACUAAAGACCAGUCAGAUGCUCAGAAAGAAUCUUACCAAAAUCAAAUACCAGAUCCAUCGUACCAACAACAACAAAAUUUUAACGAACAACCAAAUAUAAUUUUGGUUGAAACUGAACCACAACACACCGUUAUCAUUUCAGAGAAAUUCAUUCCGGGUCAAGUGAAUCAUUCAAUUCCCCCAGUUGACAGAUCUCUAGUAGAACUCACUAGUCUAGAACAAAUUUGGGGAAUGCCUUUAUUGCAUAAUGGAAAACCUACCUGGAAGUUUUGGAUUGCUUUAGCAUUGAUAUUGUACUUUGCAUUCUACGUCUUAUCGUUUCUUUCAACUACUUACAUGUACUCACAUAACAGCAGUUAUUCUUAUAAUUAUAAUUAUAAUGAAAAAACUGAGAAGCACGGAGGAAAUAAUGAUAAUGAAAUUAUGUCCGAUUGGAAAUUGCUUUUGGAUAUGUGA